AUGGCAGAUAUUCCCAUGCCCAACGCGCCCCCAACCCCCGGCGAAGACCCCGAACCCAAAUGCCCAACCAUCGACUACUCCCCCGCCACAGCCCAGUACGACGAGGCCUUCGAAAACCAACUGAUGCAAGCAAUACUCUAUCCAUCAGAUAAGCCAGCCCAUCUCAACCCUUCCGAUGACGCCCCGCACAUCCCACCAACCGCGCUCCCCGUCCCGCUCUACUCGCACCUCCGCACACACCCCUCUCCAGUCCCAGGCCUUCUCCUCACACAUCCACAUGGAUACCACACUGGCGGCCCCGGGCCCUCUCCGUCAUCUAUUUCGGAUUUCGCGCAGAAGUUCAUCCAAGAGAAUGGGAUCCAAGACGCAGGCCAGCUCGAGCGCAUUGUGGAAGAGAAGAUUCGCGAGAAGAUGGAGAUUGUGCGGGAGCGGAUGAGGGAUAGAGAAGAAGCGGUGAAGAAGAAUGAGGCGGUGAAUAGGCAGUUGGAGGAUCUGGAAGUGCAGAGGAGUGCGGAAGUUAAGGUUGUGGAGAUGAUUAAGAGGGAGAAGGAGAAGAAGAGCGGCUAA